UAUAUAUAUAUAUAUAUAUAUAUAACCAACUUAACAUCUCUCGUGUUAUAUAUAACCAGCUUAGCAUCUCUCUCUCUCUCUCUCUCUCUCUCUCUCUCAUGGCAGCUUCAGUGUUCAUCGUAAAUUUCAUCUGCCGUCCACGGCCGUCGGAUUCAUUGAGAGGGCGGCUCUUCUUCGCGCCCACCAUCUUAGCUUUCCUUACCUCUCUUUUCAUCUUCUACUACAUCUCUUCAACCUCGAGACUGCUGGUUCCUUUACACAGUUACCGUCUUCACCGUCUUCAUCACGUAAAGCCGCCAGUUAAUGAUUCUCCCAACAAACCAAUCGUCCGAAUUUCACUUCCCAAACCCAGUGCGGUUCACGAAUAUCAAAUCUUCAACCUUUCCAGGCCGGAAAUUCGUGAAGCCCCUCCCCUGGUGAAUCCAAGUCAAGCCUUCCCAAAUGAUCAAUCGUCAAAACCAGUUCCAAUAUUGGGCUCUUUCGGAAACCAUGGAAAUUACGAGGGGGAGGAGGAGAAUGAGGUGUUCCACGACAGAGCUGUGUUUCUGGAGAACUACAUGGCAAUGAACCGGAGCUUCAAGAUAUACGUUUAUCCCCACAGGCAAGACGACCCCUUCGCAAACGUGCUGCUGCCAGUGGCCGGCGAACCAGGGGGUAACUACGCUAGCGAAAGCUACUUCAAGAAGUCUCUGUUCAAGAGCCAUUUCAUCACCAAGGAUCCCUCCAAAGCCGACUUCUUCUUCCUGCCAUUCUCCAUUGCCAGCAUGCGCAACGACAAGAGAAUCGGAGUGGGGGGCAUCCAGAAUUUCGUGAGAGAUUACAUGCACAACAUUACUCACCACUACCCUUACUGGAACCGCUCCGGCGGGGCCGACCAUUUCUAUGUUGCUUGCCAUUCCAUCGGGAAGGUAGCCAUGGACAAGGCAGCCCAAGUCAAUGCCAAUGCCGUUCAGGUCGUCUGCUCUUCCAACUACUUUGUGUAUGGCUAUGUUCCCCACAAAGAUGUCUCCUUGCCACAGAUCUGGCCGCGGCAAGGAGAUUACCCACAACUGGUUCAAGCAUCACAAAGGAAGAGGCUUGCCUUCUUUGCGGGAGCCAUCAACUGCCCGGUACGCAAAGAGCUGGUUCAAGUAUGGAGGAACGACGAAGAGAUCUUCGCGCACUCCGGGCGGCUGAAAACGCCGUACUCGACGGAGCUGCUGAGGAGCAAGUUCUGCCUGCACGUGAAAGGCUUCGAGGUGAACACGGCCCGGAUCGGGGACGCACUCUACUACGGCUGCGUCCCCGUGGUGUUGGCCGACCACUAUGAUCUCCCAUUUGCCGACAUAUUGAACUGGAAGAGCUUCUCGGUGGUGGUUGCCACCGCCGACAUUCCACGGCUGAAGGAAAUCCUUCAAGGGAUUGGCCCCGAAGAAUACUCCAGGUUGCAGAGUAAUGUGCUCAAGGCCAGGACUCACUUCCAGUGGCACGCUUCUCCUUCCCCGGUUGAGUUUGAUGCUUUUCACAUGGUCAUCUAUGAGUUAUGGCUCAGAAGAAGCUAUGUCAGGGUUCCUACCUUUUAAUGAUCUUUCAGAGUCUUCAAUACUCAAUUUGUAUAGGUUUCUUCAUUAGUAAUUUUUUUUUACACGUAUAGCUAAGAUACAAUUUUGGACUUUGUUGAUAUUCCAAAUCGUAGUUGAGAAUAGAAAUAAAACAA